AUGGUGGAAACUUCCAAGCGAAGUCCAUCACAAGUUGCCGUAGAGAAGACUAGACAAGCUUGCCAAUCAAUUGGUCAAAUGUUAUUUGCACAAUGUACCGAGUUGAUAAAUCCAGCAACAAACAACGGCCUCCCUCCUAAUCUGGUGGCAGAUGAGCCAAGCGAAUCUUGGAUGUUUAAAGGUAUUGAUAUUAUGAUUGCGGCAUUGCAAUCUGAGCUUGGUUUUCUGUCUAAUCCCGUUGGAUCACAUGUUCAGACGGCUGAAAUGGGAAAUCAAGCUUUGAAUUCUCUAGGACUGAUCUCGAGUAGAUACACGCUAUCGGCUUUGGAAGUUCUGACACAGCUUUCCGCAGCGCAUCUAGUGGCUGUAUGUCAAGCUCUAGAUCUUAGAGGAAUACAGGAUUUAUUCUUUGUGAAUUUGAGGCCUAAGUUUGAGAGUUCUUUCAAUCGGAGCCUUGGAAAAUAUACUCAGGGAAGCCAUGGUCAAUGCGACGAUUCCAUGGAGACGAAGGAACUCUCUGACUUGCAACUGGUCCUCUGGGACAAAUUGACAACAAAUCUCAAUUGGAGCUCAAUAAUGGACUCGACCACGCGCUUUGAACAUGCAGUUCAAUCGCUUCAGGCAGUCAUUCUUGAUAAUUUGGAGCCCAGUCUAGAUAUCUUGCAAGCUUUGAAAGACUGGACGAAAGUGUGCUCGAAGCAAAUGAUUGACACCCACAAAGUGACAAAGAGACAAUAUUCUGAAUCAACCGGGGUUGCUAAGUUCUUUUUGGGCAAAGCCGGUGAGCGGAUGUAUUGUUAUGUACGCAAUGAGCUCCACAUCCCUUUCGUUGACGAGGAAUACCUCAAGUCUUCGGAAUGGUUAUCCGAUAAGCCUAACUCGUAUCAAUCCAUCGGAAGUAUGGUAACCACGGUAUACGAGAGCAUGACAUCGGGUGAGCUGUAUUCGGUUGCUAUCGAGUGCUUGAAAGAUGCAGAAGGGGAAAGAAAUAAUGAAUCGAAUAAAAAGUAG